AUGGCACACACCUAUCUCAGCUAUGACAUCUUCAACGGCGAGCGCAAGUCUGAAGGCACCUGCAUCCGCCGGUACUGGAAUGCCAGCAGCAGGAACUGGUAUGUGGUAAACGACAGAACCCAGGGGAUGAUUUGCGGCAUCAACAAUCUCAAUUCCACUGCUGCGAAGACCUGCGCUGCAAAGGCUGGCUCCGACACAGUCUUCGAGUGGCAUCUCAAUAAGGACAGCCCGUCUGAUCCGUACAUCAGCCAUGGCCACAAAUGUGCCUGUACUGUGAACAUGGUUCCUGCCUCGACAAACGGACUUGGUGCCUCGUGGUUCAAGUGGUGCAUGGAUCAGAUCCAUGAAGGCGGAGGCAAGGUCAAUUUCACAAUCUCUGCCGAUAUCAAGGAUGGCGAUUACAUUGUGCGUGGAGAAUUCAUAUGCCCGACUUUCAAGGGCAACGCCGACUCAUUGUUUGUCAACUGUGCGCACAUCUCGGUUACUGGUGGCGGCAGUGUUGGGCCCAAAGGCUACGACAUCACCAAGGCGUACCAGGCAUCGAACGAGUCCAAGUACUCUGCCCGUAACAAAAACUUCACUUCAUACCCGAUUCCUGGCCCUGCUGUCUAUCACUGCACCUCUAGCGGUUAG